CCCGACGCCGAGCGCCACCGCCGGACACUCGCUGUCGUGAUCUCGUGUCGGACGGACCGUCGCUUGUCGCUGAGCCCGUUUUCUCUGUGUGCGUGCGCGUCGCGUGUUUCUUCAUCGUCGUCUCGCGAGUUCGUGCGUUCGGCGGUUCUUUUACUCAGACCGAGGUUAAUAUCCUGCGAAAAUGCCGGAGGACGUGAGCAUGGAUGAGGGCCAGGUGGAGACCUUCGCCUUCCAGGCGGAGAUCGCGCAGUUGAUGAGCCUGAUCAUAAACACCUUCUACUCGAACAAGGAGAUCUUCAUCCGAGAACUCAUCUCCAACUCGUCUGACGCGUUGGACAAGAUCCGGUACGAGUCCCUCACGGAUCCCUCCAAGCUGGAUACGUGCAAGGAACUGUUCAUCAAGAUCGUCCCGAACAAGAACGACCGCACCCUGACGAUUCUCGACUCUGGUAUCGGCAUGACCAAGGCCGAUCUGGUAAACAACCUGGGUACCAUCGCCAAGUCGGGUACCAAGGCGUUCAUGGAAGCUCUGCAGGCAGGCGCCGACAUCUCCAUGAUUGGGCAGUUCGGCGUGGGUUUCUACUCUGCGUAUCUCGUGGCCGACAGGGUCAUCGUGAUCUCCAAGCACAAUGACGACGAGCAGUACUUGUGGGAGUCCUCCGCCGGUGGGUCGUUCACGGUGCGCCCGGACAACGGCGAGCCGAUCGGACGGGGCACCAAAAUCAUCCUGCACAUCAAGGAGGAUCAAACCGAGUACCUGGAGGAGUCGAAGAUCAAGGAUAUCGUGAAGAAGCACUCGCAGUUCAUCGGCUAUCCCAUUAAGCUCGUCGUCGAGAAGGAGCGCGACAAGGAACUGAGCGAGGACGAGGAGGAGGAGCCCGCGAAGGAGGACGAGAAGACGGAGGACGAGAAGCCCAAGAUCGAGGACGUUGGCGAGGACGAGGAGGAGGAUAAGCCCAAGGAGGAGAAAAAGAAGAAGAAGAAGACCAUCAAGGAAAAGUACACCGAGGACGAGGAAUUGAACAAGACGAAACCGAUCUGGACGAGAAAUCCGGACGACAUCACGCAGGAGGAGUACGGCGAGUUCUACAAGAGCUUGACCAACGACUGGGAGGAUCAUUUGGCUGUGAAACACUUCUCCGUGGAGGGACAGUUGGAGUUUAGAGCGCUGCUCUUUAUCCCGCGUCGCGCGCCCUUCGACCUGUUCGAGAACAAAAAAAGGAAGAACAAUAUCAAAUUGUACGUGCGCCGCGUCUUCAUCAUGGACAAUUGCGAGGACCUGAUCCCCGAGUAUCUCAACUUCAUCAAGGGUGUCGUGGACAGCGAGGAUCUGCCUCUCAACAUCUCUCGCGAGAUGUUGCAGCAGAACAAGAUUCUGAAGGUCAUCAGGAAGAACCUCGUCAAGAAGUGCCUGGAACUCUUCGAGGAAUUGUCGGAGGACAAGGAGAACUACAAGAAGUGUUACGAACAAUUUAGCAAGAAUCUCAAAUUGGGCAUCCACGAGGACAGCCAGAACAGGAAGAAGCUCUCUGAGUUGCUGCGCUACCACACUUCCGCGUCUGGCGACGAGAUGUGCUCGCUCAAGGAUUACGUUGGCAGGAUAAAGGAGAACCAGAAGCACGUCUACUACAUUACUGGCGAGAGCAGGGAGCAGGUAGCCAACAGCUCGUUCGUGGAGCGCGUAAAGAAGCGCGGCUUCGAGGUCGUGUACAUGACCGAGCCCAUCGACGAGUACGUCGUCCAGCAGCUCAAGGAAUUCGACGGAAAGCAGCUGGUGUCUGUUACGAAGGAGGGUCUGGAAUUGCCGGAGGACGAUGAGGAGAAGAAGAAGCGCGAGGAGGACAAGACCAAGUUCGAGAGUCUCUGCAAAGUUAUGAAGGACAUUCUGGACAAGAAGGUUGAAAAGGUCGUGGUGUCCAACAGGCUGGUCGACUCCCCCUGCUGCAUCGUCACGUCGCAGUACGGUUGGACGGCCAACAUGGAGAGGAUCAUGAAGGCACAGGCGCUUCGUGACACGUCCACCAUGGGUUACAUGGCUGCCAAGAAACACCUCGAGAUCAAUCCCGAUCAUCCCAUCAUGGAGAACCUGAGGCAGAAGGCUGAGGCCGACAAGCACGACAAGUCGGUCAAGGAUCUAGUCAUGUUGCUCUUCGAAACUGCUCUUCUAUCAUCCGGCUUCGCGCUCGAGGACCCACAGGUGCACGCGUCCAGAAUAUAUAGGAUGAUCAAGCUCGGCCUGGGCUUCGACGACGAGGAAACGUCGAACGCCGAGGACGAGAAAAUGGACAUGGAAGUGCCGACGUUGGAGGGCGACUCUGAAGAGGCGUCGAGAAUGGAGGAAGUAGACUAAGCUGCGAAUUAAACCAUUUACGAUAAGACUUUGCCGAAUACAUUGUUACAAUAGGUCUCGAAUCCAAAGACUUGUUUCUUAGAGCCGUGAAAAGCGUGUAAGAGACUGUUUUCUUUUUAAUUUUCGCGCUUGGGCGCUCCAUGUUCUUAUAUCGUUUUAGUGCCGGCUGAAUUCAAUGUUAACGGUCGCUGGAGACGCGCUGAUUUCUGUAUCAACACUACAGAGUAUCUCGAAUUGUCGUCGCAUGUACUCUUAAUUCUGUCGACGAGGAGAGUACCGCGCGACACAUUUCAUUUCAUUUAAACUUUCAUUAGGUUACAUUUUAUAUUUUCGUCUUCUUUUUCAUCUUGCAUUAACAUUUCUCGUUUUGUACUUUUGCGUUCACAUUUAUGUUCACACUUGCGUCAUUCCAUCAUCGAAUGUCUUAAAUUAAUUGUAGAAUAAAGAUGUAAACAUUGUGCGCAAUAAAAUAAAAGGAAUCGUACUUAAA